AGAAGUUGAAUCCACCAUUUCACACACCUCCGAGGUGCAAAGCCAAUCCUUUUAUAACUUGGGCAUUGUGGAGACACCAUGAGGAUCAUGGGAAUUGUAGUAUGAAAGUAGAUGCGCUUCCGAUCAAGGCACUUGAAGGAAAGUGCUCAAAAGUUUCGCUCAGAAAAGUAACCGGUUUAUGGUAAAGGGUGUAGCCUACAACAGAGAGAUCGUGGUUGACUUCCCGGACAGAAUGUCACAGAUGUCUUUACGUGAGCACAGUAGCGCCCCCUGCCUUCCGGUGACGGCAGUGGCCUGGACCUCCAACGCCAGCAGUUGCCCAAAUGAUUUGACUCUGGUCAAUACGACAGAGGAUGGAGCUACUGCUAAUUUUGGGCGUGGAUUUGGAAAGUCUGGGUAUUACCUGUGCUACAGCAUGAAAACGGGUGGAGGGAUGGUGGUGUCUGACAUGCAGGUGAUCUCUGAGAAGGAGUCCACCCCUCACGGCUACUGCUAUAUACCUGAGUACCUGGAAGCCAAGGCCUCAGUGUGGAGGAAGAAGCGUGUGUGUGUGCUUGUUGCACCAUGA